AUGAGUACCAAUGGCGCGGCUGAUGUUAUCACUAUAGAUGACAAAAAGUAUCGACGUGUCCGGGAGGGAUUGGCGUCAGUUCUCGCACCGUACGGGGUUGAAAGAGAAUCAACACCAACCAAGCAAGUAAAAAACAACGAUGAGGGGAAUCAGGCAGUCUUUUACAAUCCAAUCCAGCAAUUCAACCGAGAUCUAACCGUUCUCGCCAUUACAAUUUAUGGAGAAGGUGCUGUUUUGGAUAAGACCGCCCGUUUCAGCCAGAAAUUCGGCAAGAGCAAGCGAGAAAAGAAAAAGCAGCAGACCAAGCCCAAAGACCUGGGACAGAGCAAUGAAGAACCGGUGCCAGCGCAGGAGAAUUCUCGAAAGCGCAAAGCUGACGACUUCGAGGAGCAGAUUGUCGCAGAUGACACGGCGGACCCUGCAAAGCGGCCCAGAGUAGAUGAAGCUCUUGAAGGGGAAGAUGACCUCCCAGUCACGCAAUUAAAUGGUGGCCGUUAUUCUGCUACUGAAAGCACAGAUAUCAACAGCGACCAGAAGGAUACUAUCUCGAAUCUAGAAGUGCAAGAAAUGAAACCAACCACAGAAACACCAGCACCCCGACCGAGAAAGACCCCUUUCACCAUACUAGACGCAUUGUCCGCAACUGGACUUCGUGCAUUUAGAUAUGCAAAAGAAAUCCCAUUCGCUACAAACAUAGUUGCAAACGACCUCUCUCUGGAAGCAGUCAGAAUUAUUGAAACCAAUAUUGACCACAAUGAAGUCAAGGGGAAAGUUCAUUCAAAUCUUGGAGACGCUCGAUCCUUCAUGUACAGCAAGGUGGGUAACGAGCAUCAGAAGCAAUCAGAAGGAUAUGUUCACCGCUUUGAUGUUGUUGAUCUUGAUCCCUAUGGCACAGCUGUACCAUUCUUUGAUGCCAGCCUUCAAUCUAUCCACGAUGGAGGCAUGCUCUGUGUGACUUGCACAGAUGCAGGCGUUUUUGCUUCUACAGGGUAUCCUGAGAAGACCUAUGCUUUAUAUGGCGGGCUUCCUGUCAAAGGUCCGCACUCCCAUGAAGGUGGCCUCCGGCUCAUCCUGAACGCGAUUGCCACUUCGGCGGCAAAGUAUGGACUCGCCAUCGAGCCACUUCUUUCGCUUUACAUCGACUAUUAUGCACGUCUGUUCGUACGAGUUCACAAGAGACCGCAAGAUGUGAAACUUCUUCCAGGAACAACAAUGGCUGUGUACAGCUGUGGUCACGGUUGCGGAUCCUGGACUACACAGCCCCUUCUGCGCAACCAACUUCAGAAAGCUAAAAAUGGCGAUACUUUCUAUAAGUUCUCCUCCGCACAAGCGCCAACAGCUGGUCCAAAUUGUGACCACUGUGGCAGCAAAACACAUCUCUGUGGACCAAUGUGGGCUGGGCCAUUGCAUCACCCCUAUUUCGUAAAGCGAAUGCUUGACAGAGUACCUACCCUCGACAAAUCAAUUUACGGCACCGUUGAACGGCUUCAAGGAAUGCUUACGUUAGCACUUGAGGAAGACUUGUCACUAGAAUCACAUCAAAUUCAAGGAAGCAGCACUGCUGCACAGAAACACUCCAAUUCUGCAGAUCCACAAAUCAUCCCUCGUAUGCCUCCAGCAGUAAUUGAUCCCGCGCCAUUCUUUAUUAUGCCCACGUCGCUCGCCAAGGUCAUCCACUGCGUAACACCUCCUGAGGAUCAAUUUCGAGGAGCCAUUCGCAGCCUAGGCUACCGAGUAUCCCGCUCACAUUGCAAGGCAGGAAGUAUGAAGACGAAUGCUCCCUGGAAUGUUCUCUGGGAGAUCAUGCGAGAGUACAUGCGAACGAAAUCUCCAAUCAAAGAUGGCGCAGUGAAGAAGGGCACUCCAGGAUGGAAUAUCUUGGCGAGGCUUCGUGGCACAGAAAGAAACUUUGUGUCUGACUUGAAAGACAGUAGCAAGAUUCAGAUCUCAAGAUGUGAAUCGAAGGAAGAUUUGAAGAUAGUGUUGCAAGGACUGUUAUAUCGACUAGGAAACGAAACGGUCGAGGACGUGAUGGACAAGAAGGAACCAGCAAAUAUGUCAAAUACAGCCAAUGGUGAUGAGGUGGUCACCGACACGACCGUUGAUCUCGAUAAAGAUUCACCACAGCUCUCAGUAGACGUCAUUCCAAGCAAGCUCAAGAUUGUAUUUGAUGGAAAACUCGGCAAGGAACAGGAUCGUGGGAAGUUAGUGAGAUAUCAGAUUAACCCGCGCGAGAAUUGGGGUCCGAUGAAUCGAGCAGGGAGAACCGCCCCAUGA